CUAUUGCAUAAAGUCCAAACAUGGCAACCCAUCAACCUCUGUUAGAGAACCCCAAAACUUCUCACUGCAAGAGUACACUUUACCUAAUUCUCUACUUUGCUGCUAUCAUACUCUCAACUGCACUUGUUGCUACCCAUCUUAUUAAACCCAGCUCCUCUAAUCCCCUCCUACACGGCCACAUCUGUGAUCAAGCCCAUCACCAAGCAGGAUGCAUAUCCAUGGUCUCAGAAGUUGUCAAAGACUAUAAGACAAUCAUGUUGCAAAUGUUUUUAGAAGAAUCCACAUCAGCUAUACAAAAAGCAAUGGAUACAGCCAAAAAUGUCAACCAAAGGAUCAACAAUAAUCCUAGGGAACAAGCGGCUUUGCUUGAUUGUGUGGAGCUAAUGGACUUGUCCAUGGACAGGGUUUUUGACUCGAAAGUGGCUCUUCAAAAUAUGACUGCAAGUUCCAUUGAAGAUGCACAUGCAUGGCUAAGUAGUGUACUCACUAACCAUGUCACAUGCUUGGAUGGACUAAAGGGCUCAUCUAGGACCACAAUGGAGCCAGGGCUCAAGGACUUGAUAUCAAGAGCCAGAACUUCCUUAGCCAUGCUUGUUGCAGUUUCACCCUUGAAAACCAAAGUAAUGAUUGAUGAGCCAUUAAAUGGAGAAUUCCCUACAUGGGUCACGAGUAGGGACAGGACACUUUUACAAGCUUUGCCUAAGGAAAUCAAGGCCAACGUUGUGGUGGCUAAGGAUGGGAGUGGGAAGUACAAGACUGUGAAAGAAGCUGUGGCCUCGGCACCAAAUAAUGGCAAAACUAGGUACGUUAUUUAUGUGAAGAAAGGGAAAUAUAAAGAGAAUGUUGAGGUUGGGAAGAGUAAAAAGAACUUGAUGAUAGUUGGUGAUGGCAUGAGUUCAACCAUUAUCACUGGUAGCCUGAAUUUUGUUGACGGAACCACAACUUUCAAUUCUGCAACUGUAGCUGCAGUUGGUGAUGGAUUCAUAGCCCAAGAUAUCUGGUUCCAGAACACAGCUGGGCCAAAGAAGCACCAAGCAGUGGCACUCCGCGUCGGGGCCGAUCAAUCCGUCAUAAAUCGUUGCCGCAUUGAUGCUUACCAAGACACUCUCUACACCCACUCAAACCGGCAAUUCUUCCGGGAUUCCUACAUCACUGGAACUGUCGAUUUCAUAUUCGGAAAUGCAGCCGUUGUGUUCCAAAAUUGCAAACUAGUAGCUCGAAAGCCCAUGAGUGGACAGACCAACAUGGUAACGGCCCAAGGUCGAACUGAUCCAAACCAAGCCACUGGGACUUCUAUUCAAAACUGUGACAUUAUAGCAAGCUCAGAUCUUGGGCCUGUAAAGGGCUCGGUCCGAUCAUAUUUGGGCCGGCCUUGGAAAGAGUAUUCAAGAACUGUAGUCAUGCAGUCCUACAUUGGUGAUCAUAUUGAUCCAACUGGAUGGUCUGUGUGGGAUAAGGAUUUUGCAUUAAAAACAUUGUAUUAUGGGGAAUAUAAUAACAAGGGACCACGUGCUGGUACUAGUAAGCGAGUGAAAUGGCCUGGUUAUCAUGUCAUUACUAGUGCAAAGGAAGCCAAAAAGUUCACAGUAGCUGAGCUGAUACAAGGAGGAACAUGGUUGAAGUCCACUGGGGUGGCUUAUACAGAAGGUUUGUGAAUAUGGCUUCCUCUUGUGUUUCAGUAGGUGAAGCUUGUUGGCCUUUGCCUAGACUUAUUUUCAUCUCUAUAAUGUUGUGUUCGUGUGUGAAAUGUUGUUUCUUUGUACAACAAUUUACUAGUGAGUUUAUGGUUUACAUAAAGGAGUCUUUUUUUUUU